AUGGAUGAUAUCGAGGAUCGGUUGCGCAGCCAUGCGCAGGCAUUCGAUGGUUUGCUGUCCUUGAUCCCCGCCAAGUAUUACUACGGUGAAGACACCAGUGACCAGUGGCAACGGAAGAAACAGACCAAAGAGCAGGCUCGUGAGGCCAAGCGUGCAAAGCUGGACCCUGAAGCCGCAAAGACCGCCAAGGACAUCAUGGACGAGAACGCCCGCAAGCGCAAGCGCAAGGAAGACGGUAUCGUGGAGAGUGAUUCCUCGGAUGGCGAAUUGGGCUCUGAGAUCCCCCGCGAGGGCCUGAGCCGCGGCGACAAGGCCAAGAAGCAAAAGCAGGUGGAGAAGCCGAAUGCCAAAUCUGAGGAAGCCGAGGCCCGCAAAAAGGAACGUGAACAGAAGAAGUCCGAGAAGAAGGCCGCCCAAAAAGAGAAAAAGAAGGCCAAGGAUGCAGCCCGCAAAGAAAAGUCCAAGGACGACAAGCCAAAUGGCACUUCCACUGAGACCUCGAAGAAGGAUGCUCCCAAAUCCAACGGUGACGAUGAUGAGGCCGAAGAAUCAGACAACGAGGAUGGUGAUGACCUUGAGGAGGGUGUUGCCGAGGAAGGAUUUUCCAUCGAUUUUGAUGCCGGUCCCGAAGAACCAUCCUCAGCCUCCUCCCGCAAUUCUCCCGAAGCCUCAAACACCCAGUCGGGUAGCUCCUCUAUCUCCUCUAUUGUUCCCCCCGCCUCUAAUGAUACCAAAUCCACCGAGCCCAAGGCCCUCAAGGCCACACCAGAAGACCUCAAGCAGCGUCUACAAAAGCGCCUGGAUGAACUCCGGGCUAAGCGCCAUGCAGAUGGCCUGAACGGCAAGCCCGCUCGCAACCGUCAAGAGCUCAUCGAGGCUCGACGACAAAAGGCCGAACAACGCAAAGUACACAAGAAGGAACUGCGUGCCAAGGCCAAGGAAGAAGAGCAGCGCAAGGACGACGAGGAUAUGGCCCGUCGUUUCUCUCCUGGCGGAUCUGGAUCUCUUCUGGCUUCUCCUCGUUCUCCUGCCGAGUCAGUCGGCUCAGCCAGCAACAACUUUUCUUUCGGCCGUGUUGUCUUCGCAGAUGGUCAGCACACCGACGCUUCUUUGACAAACGUCCGCGAUGCACACAAGACCGCCGGCCCCCGAGACGCCGCUGCCCAGCUCCAGGCUGUGGAGGCUAAGAAGGCCCGUCUGGCUGGUAUGAACCCCGAAAAGCGUUCCGACGUUGAAGAGAAGGACCGCUGGCUCAACGCUAAGAAGCGCGCCCACGGCGAACGAGUUCGCGACGACACAUCUCUUCUCAAGAAGGCCCUCAAGCGCAAAGAGUCUGCUAAGAAGAAGUCCGCUCGUGAGUGGAACGACCGCAUCGACACCGUCGCUAAGAUGAAGGACCAGCGCGCUACCAAGCGUGAAGAGAACUUGAAAAAGCGCAGAGAUGAGAAGGGCACCAAGGGCAAGGGCAAGAAGAAGUCCAGCGGUGGUGCCAAGAAGUCCAGACCCGGAUUUGAGGGCAGCUUCAAGUCCAAGACUGGCGGUGCCAACAAGAAGAAAUAA